UAAAGCCUCGUUGCCCGUCGCAUUCCUCCAAGAUUUCUGUACCUACUCAUCAUCACCUUCGCUCGUGUUCUCUUCACCAGAUUUCUUGUCUUAACACCAUGUUUUCCGCUGCCAUUACCGCCCUCGCCCUGUUCGCCGCAGAGGCUGCAGCUCACGGUGCUGUGACCAGCUAUGUCAUUGCUGGCAAAACCUACCCAGGUUACCAGGGCUUCUCCCCCACCAGCGAUCCCGUGAUCCAACGCCAGUGGCCUGACUACAACCCUACCAUGUCUGCUACCGAUAGCAAGCUCCGUUGCAACGGAGGCACUUCAGCUAAGCUGUCAGCGCCAGUCGCACCCGGCGAUAGCGUCCAGGCUAUCUGGCAGCAGUGGACGCACUCGCAAGGUCCCAUCAUUGUAUGGAUGUACAAGUGCUCCGGCGAUUUCUCGUCUUGCGACGGUAGCGGAUCCAACUGGUUCAAGAUUGACGAAGGUGGCUUCCAUGGUGAUGGAAAGAUCUUCCUUGACACCGAGGUUGGCAGUGGUUGGGACAUUGCCAAGCUCGUCGGUGGCAACAAGGGCUGGACGAGCAAGAUUCCCCAGGGCCUCGCUCCAGGCAACUACCUGAUCCGCCACGAAUUGAUUGCCCUUCACCAGGCCAAGAACCCACAGUGGUACGCCGAGUGCGCGCAACUCCAAGUGACUGGAUCUGGUACUGCAGAGCCCAGCUCAAGCCAGAAGGCCGCUAUUCCGGGGUACGCUAAGCAGAGCGACCCCAACAUCAGCUUCAACAUCAACGACCACUCCGCUCCCCAGGAAUACACCGUACCCGGACCUGCUGUAUUCAAGGGAACUGGAUCUAAGAGGUCUUUCACCGCAUAAGUAUGUUUCUUGAGGAGGUGAUAUAUAGUUGGGUUGCAUAGUAAGUGUCAUCCGUGACACGGUAGAGAUACGCAAAUCGAAUGUCUUGUUCCAACG